ACCCUUCACGAAAAGAAGACGAAACGCCACGCAUCACCAAACACACCAUCGCCGAUUCCCCCAAAUCGAAACACACACGAAACAAAGAGAAGGGACUGCGAUUUGCUCCUCCCAAACCCUCGCACUCGGUCGCCGCCCGGCAUGGAGGACGACGACCACGAGUGCGACCCCGCCGCCACCGCCGCAGCGGGUGCCGGCCCGUGCCCCUGCUGCUUCUCGCCGUCUUCGGUGGUCAAGUGGCGGCGCACCGUGAAGCGGAAGCUGGACGGGGAGAAGCGGGACGUGGAUGGGGAAGAGGGGGCCGUGGGGAUGGCGCGGGUCGAGGCCGAGGAGGAGACCGCGGCGCUGCGGGAGGCUUUGGCGGCGGCGCAGGACACCGCCGUGCUGCUGCGUGGUGAGGUGGAGGAGGAGCGCCUCGCCGCGGCCAGCGCCGCCAGCGAGGCCAUGGCCAUGAUGCUGCGCCUGCAGAGGGAGAAGGCCGAGGUCCAGAUGGAGCUCCGCCAGUUCCGCCGCUUCGCGGACGAGAAGAUGGCGCUCGACGCCGCGGAGAUCGAUCACCUCCGCGCCCUCGUUGCUCGCCGGGCGCGGCACCUCGCGCGCGUUCGCACCAGUCUCCGCGACUACCGACAGACGUGCCUCCGUCUCGGCAUCCCUCUCCCCGAAGGUGAUGAAGGCGAGGAGCAGGAUCAUGAGGACGACCUCUUCCUCGAUGGCGACGAGGACGGUUACUACCCCGAGCUUCGCUGCUACAACGGGGAGUACUACUACGAUGAUGGGCAGGAGGAGAGCGAGGAGGAUGCGGUGGUCGUGGAUCUGGAGCACCGGAUCUGCCUGCUCGAGCACGACCAAGGUAGGCACUUGCCUGAACCGUCCCUGGAAGAGGAGGAAGGAGCCCACCUCUAUGCAGAUGAUGCAUUGCCGGAGUCUUGUGCUGAUGAGGUGUUACCUGAGGAGACUGCGCAAAAAAGGAGCUACCUCAGUAAUGAUGAUCAUGAGUUGCCAGAGUUUCCGAUUGCUGGAUGCAGUGUUGAAGAGGGAGGUAGUGAUAGCGAAGGUGUUGGCAGUGGCAGCGACAGGGUCUACAUGAUUGACAAGGUGCAUCAAGGUGUGGCAGCUCCUGCAGCCAGGGUCCUGGAGAAUGAGGCGGGAGAGCCAGACAUUAAGAAGCUAUACACGAGACUGGAGGCGUUGGAGGCCGAUCGGGAAUCAAUGCGGCUGGCACUGGUGGGAAUGCGCACUGAGAAGGCUCAGCUUAUGCUUCUUCGGGAGAUUGCGCAACAGCUAGCCAAAGAUGCCUCUCCAGUUGGUACUGGGGGGUUUGCUCCAGUUGUGCGCCAUUUGCCUGGAAAGCAAGCCCUGGGGGUCGCAGAUAGUAGGGUUAGGGAGGACAAGAAGGUAGCACUAAUCAGGACAUUCUACACAGCCGCGUUGUUUAAGUGGGUCAUCACUUUAUUUUGCUCUCAGAAAAAAAAGCGAUCACAAAGCAGGUACACAUUUGGUUUAUCAAGUAAUAACGUCGGUUUGCUCAUACUGCUGGACAAGUGCCCCCGGAUUCAGAAAACUCUCAAGAGAACACAGUAAAACCUGUCUGAAGAAGCAGCUCCUGCCUAAUGUAAAUAACAUAGCCAUUGGUUGGGAAGUUUGCAUCGAAUUGCAUUUUCUUAUUUGAAGGUUGGUGGAGCCAGUGUUGUUUAAAUUCUAUAGUUGUUGAUUUAGCCUUUUCCCCAGGUGGAUGGGGAUUCUUAUGCGAUGAUCCAGCAACUGCUGAUGUGUUUUUUUUUGGAGAUGCUUUUGCUUAUUUCUUCAGCAGCAAAAGCUAUAUGCUUGUAUAGCGUUCGUAUAAUGCGCACUGAUCGUUGGUUGUUUUGUUUGUUUCCAAACCGUUACUGACCGUUGAGUUAAUGUCGAGGGUUUUAGCUGCACCUUUGUGCAAACUGUAACUAGUAUUGUUCCCUUUUACUACA